UGCGGGACUUCAUCAAGGGAUCCUGCAAAAACUUCUUACUAUUGUUCUCUGAGCACAUUAUGGGUAUGUCAACUGACAUGACUCCCAGAUAUAUAUCUGUGAAUCCAUCUGGACAGAUGACUUAUGUUUUAGAAACUAGCAGCAUCAACUUAGCUCAAGUUCAGUUAGCUGUUCCCGCUUCCGAAAUAGUAUUGAUUCAAGACGAAAAUAAGUCACUCAAUUUAUGUGAUAACCCUGUUCUAGUUGCAGACGUCAAUUCAGAUAACGUCAGCUGGUUAGGAAAUAAUGUGAUAGUCUUAGUCUCACAGCCACAAGAAUAUGUUGUGGUCGAACAGGAAGUUGUGGUAGAUUCUAAUGUUGCACAGUCUUGGCAGGUUGGUGAAGCAGCUGGGGUCACUGCCUCCCCGACUACGGAAAAUGUGACUGUCAAAAAUGAGAAUUUCGAAUCUGAAAUAGCUAUUGAAGAUGAAACCUCCACGACCGUGGAAGAUGCCAAAUGUUGGUUUCGUGAUUCUCUUAUUACAACUGCAGCACUUUCUACUCUAGCAACAUAUGUUCAGUCUAAUGGAACAACAUCAAAAAGCGGUUGA